AAAACAAUAAGAUCAAAACUAAUUAACUUUCCUCAAUCUUCUUUUUUCUUCUCUCUUCUCUCCCGGUUUUGUAGUUUUUCAAAAGGCGAAAAUGGCGGGUGAGCAAAUGAAACCUGUUGCUUCUCUACUUCUGGUGUUGAACUUCUGCAUGUAUGUGAUUGUUCUAGGGAUUGGAGGAUGGGCCAUGAACCGAGCCAUCGACCAUGGUUUCCAAAUCGGCCCUGAUUUCAAUCUUCCAGCACAUUUCUCCCCAAUUUAUUUUCCGAUGGGAAACGCAGCCACAGGAUUCUUUGUGACAUUCGCGUUACUGGCGGGAGUAGUUGGUGCGGCUUCCACAAUCUCAGGCCUUAGCCACAUUCGUUCUUGGACCGUGGGAAGCUUGCCGGCUACAGCCACUGCUGCAACUAUUGCAUGGACCCUCACACUCCUUGCCAUGGGAUUCGCAUGGAAAGAAAUCGAGCUUCACGUGCGAAAUGCAAAACUGAGAACCAUGGAGGCGUUCUUGAUCAUACUCUCAGUCACACAGCUUCUUUACAUUGCCGCUGUUCACGGCGUGAGGAGACCUUCUUAAGGAAUCAUGGGCUUUUCGGUUUUUUUUUUUCUCUUAUGUAUCAAUCAUCCAAAACUUGGGAUUGAGUGUGUGAGUGUUUGUGUGUGUGUGAGUUUAUUUUCAUAGGAAGUCGAUAAAUUCAUGCAUUCUUUGUGUACAAAAGGAUCCGAUCUUGUUUUAUGUGUGUGUCACUUUGUGUUCAUGGAAUAAAAUCAAACUUUGAG